AUGUCCGGCCUAAACCUCGUAACCCUCCUCGUCCCCGCCUAUGACCCCGCAAUAAAUUUUUACACCGAAACUCUCGGCUUCGCCCUUCUCGAAGACAGCGCCUCGCUAACAAAUGACGGGCAGCCAAAGCGCUGGGUCGUCGUACAGCCUCCGUCGCAGACACAGCCACAAACGCCAGGAGAAUCAACCUCAGCAACAGGCCCCAAAGUCGGGGGCGCAAAUAUCCUCCUUGCGGAAGCCGACGGGCCUGAGCAAAUGAGUCUCGUGGGAAGACAGUUCGGUGGACGGGUUGGGUUCUUUUGGUCUGUGCAGGACUUUUGGGGGACGUAUGAGAGGUUAAGAAACAAAGGAGUGGAGUUUGCGUCUGAGCCCAGGAAGGAGGUGUAUGGGACUGUUGUGGUGUUUUCGGAUUAUCUGGGGAAUAAGUGGGAUCUUUUGGGGCCGGUGGAGUAG